UUUGCUGAUCGUGCCAAGUCAAUCAAGACGAAUGCUGUUGUCAAUGAAAACCAAACUGAGCGCGUCAUGAGAGAACUGAAAGAAGAAAAUGAGCGACUCCAGAAGCAGUUGAAAGCGGGAGGAGGCGGCGGUGGUGGAGAUAGUGAGGAAAUUGAAUCCCUAAGGAGACAACUGGAAGAGAACCAGAAAGAAAUGGCUGAACUGGAGAAGACUUGGCAAGAAAAAGUGGCUGAAGAAGCAGCAAAGGUGAAAUUCGUAAAUUGUCCAUAUUAUAAACGACCUUGCAAUUAG